UCCAUCCUUUCGGCUCUUUCUAUUGCCGAAGCUCACAAAGAAUCAUCACUACUAUUCAUUCUCCAGUUUCCAGUUUUUCAAGGCUUUCCAUCAGGUGUUCGGUUCGUUUCCGGCCUUGCAUUGAUAUACACAAGGGGUGCAGUACUUCUUUUGAGAUCGGACGUUUGGAGUGCUUUCUCACUCAUUCUCGGGUUCAAAUAUGGUUUCCAGGGAAAAGUGAAACAAAUUGUUGGGUCAACCCUUCGGGAUUUGAAGGAGGAUGGGUCAACUCUUGUGACCAAUUUUGAAUCGGACAAGACGGCGGCCGAGUAUGCGAAUUUAUACAAAGAAGAUGGACUUACUGGAGGUCAUGUAAUCAUGCUCGGAGCUGAUCCUUUGAGUAGAAGUGCGGCCAUUGAAGCAUUGCACACUUAUCCUGGCGGCUUGCAAGUUGGGGGCGGGAUCAAUUCUGACAAUUCUCUGAGUUACAUAGAGGAAGGAGCUAGUCAUGUCAUUGUCACAUCAUAUGUAUUCAACGAUGGACAAAUGGAUCUUGAAAGGCUUAAAGAUCUUGUUCAUGUUGUUGGAAAGCAGAGGCUUGUCUUGGACCUUAGCUGCAGAAUGAAGGAAGGUAAAUAUGCAAUUGUUACCGAUAGAUGGCAGAAGUUCACUGAUGUAUAUCUUGAUGAGAAAAUAUUGGAGUUUCUAGCCCACUAUGCAGAUGAGUUUCUGGUCCAUGGCGUUGAUGUUGAAGGGAAAAGGCUUGGAAUCGAUGAAAAACUUGUGACAUUGCUUGGGAAGUAUUCACCGAUUCCCGUGACUUAUGCUGGUGGUGUGAGGGUGAUGGCUGAUUUAGAAACGAUUAAAGUAGCCGGCGUGGGACGUGUGGAUGUUACCGUGGGCAGUGCUCUGGAUAUAUUUGGUGGCACCCUGGCAUACAAGGACGCCGUUGCAUGGCAUUUCCAGCAGGAGCCUUUGACAGUUUAGUUUAGUGUUUUUUCCCUGAGCAUCUUCUAUUGUUUUGUUUGUCUAAUUUUCACUUCCAUGUUCAUUUUUCACAUCUUCAAGAGCAAUGUAUGCCAAAAGAGAAUUCAGCUUUUAA